AUGCCGAAAACUAGCUCACAAUCCCCAAAGCGGUCGCCAUUGACAAUGGGCAAGUACCGCCGAUCAGAAAUGUCGCAAUUGACCUCAGCGCGCAACAAGGGCCUCAAACACCCGGCCGGAAAAAAGACUGUAACAGCCAAGAGUCUGAACAGAAAAAGGAAGCCAUCCUUUUCAUCUAUUUCAACCAUAUCUUCAGUAUCCGGCUUCGAAGAUGACGACGAACAAGACGAGGCAGACUCCGAAGCAAGCUCCGAUGAAGACGACGAGUCCGCCCAUCGGACCCCGUCUUACGGAGGCAAGAGCCGUAGAGGACGUAAGACGGGGUCAAAGACGAAAUCUUCUACACUUUCCAUCAAAAAGAGAAAGCUUUCUUACGACGAGGGCUAUGAGGGUCAACGAAGUAGCACCGGUGAAUCGGAUAGCGACUACGCGGCCGUCGAUGAGAUCGACGACGACGAAGACAUGGAUGUCGAGAAGCUUGAAGAGCAGAUGAUUCUUGAUUCCGAGGACGAUAGUCAAAUGAUAAAAAGCACAUUCUCAACCUCGGACGCCCCUGACUUUGACGAGUGGGAGGGAUUCGGUAACUUCGAUGACCACGUCCUAUUUUCCACGGAACCUUUCCUUGAGGACACCUUGUACAGCGCAAUGGAGACAUUUGGCGAGACUGAUUUCACCAGCGAAGCUGUCGAAACCCCUGUGCAAAGGCAUGUCCAUUUUGUCGUCGAAGAGGAUGACGAUGCCGACUCAGACACGUCGAGCGAUAGCCGCGAUGGCUCUACCGACGAUGAGAUACCCGGUGACUUCCUACAACAAGAUAGCUUGGAUCCUACUCUCCGUCGUAUGAUUGAUAGUGAAUACGACACCAGCAACAGCCAGCGAUAUGAAGACAUCUUUGGGGAGUCCGAUAUCAGCCAUCCGGCCAACAUUUAUCAUGUAGAGUCGGACGCCGUCUCAGACGGCUCAAGUGGCUAUGAAACCGACGAUGGAGAAACGACAGACGAGGACCUGCCACCUCCAGCCACCAUCACACAUCCGCGGUCUAUCCUACGACGAGAUUCGACUGCUUCUUUGACAGCAACUGGAGAUUCCACCAGUCAGAGGUCGAACCCACCACGUCGGCGCGGACCCAUCAUGGGAACAUUCGUUGCUGAUCCCAAAAAGCCAGUUGCACUUGUCGACUGCACUGGCAAACACUUAGUCAUCAUUCCCGCAUACGCCUCUUCUCGUCAUGACUGGCUGGAGUCGGCGGCCAACAGCAUGUGUGGAACAGCACAUAACAGCCCUCGAACCACUACCAUGCAUCUGGUCGAUGAAAGCGACACAGAUGCUCUUACUUCGCCGAACGGGUUCGAAUUGAACCCAAUGCUGAGUUCCGGUAACCUCAUGAUGACCGCUUUAGGCAAUGAUGCCACCCCUGGUGGGCAGGUUAUGGGUCCACCUGAAGCGUUCUACCCAUCUCAGAACUAUGGUGGAGACAGCUCAUAUGACGAGGACGAUGAAGACGACGAACGUAUGCUAAAUGUAGAUGAUUUCCUUGACUUUGGGAACGGAUCGUCUGAUGAAGAAGAUGAGGGAAUGAACAAGGGGUCUGAUGAUGACGAAGGUCUCACAACCUCGCCGGCUGUUGCGACAUCGGUACAAGGCUUGACCACACCGACGCCAAACAGAGCCCAUGACAACGACAGUGCCGAGCGAUUUCUCAAUCACCUCGACAAGGGCAUUGUGACUGCUUUCCGUCGCAAUCACACCCGAUAUCAGACACUAAUACGCCUUCCACAACAUCGAGAAUUUAUGCCAGCCAACUCUCCCUCUCGUGUUGCCAGCGUCUUCAAACACUCUCGUUAUGCCGAUCCUCGAACCCCGCCUCGCAAGCGCAAGAGCAAUCAAUAUUCUGGCGGCGAGGCCGUGCGGCGUAAACUAAUUGACGGUCAUCGACGCAAUCAGCUCUCAUUUUAG